AUGGCACACCACCCACCGCUAGCACAACCCGGCAGCGGCGCUGCUCCUAACCACCGUCGCAGUCGUAACCCACGCGGCCCAGUUGCUGCUGCUGCUCCAUCUGUCGCAGUCACCGGUGCUCAUCCUUUGCUCAAGCUAGCUUCUGCUUUUCCGUUUCGUACCAUCUACCAUUUCUUGAACUCUAGCCCUGGGUGGAUACCAAUUGUCUCACAGCUGUACGUCUCUGUUUUAUGGGUCGUUCAUAUUCUCAGAGUCUCUGUUAAUCAUGGACAUGGAGCUCUCCACCAUUCCUCGCUUCUUAAUGGCAUUAUCCGAUGCCUUGGUAUCGACUGGUGCAUGAUUCCCGGUCCUCUCGUUUCUUUCUUCGAAUCCAUCGCCGCCGUCAACGGCCCUUUCGACUGGAUAGCCGAUAUCCUCCCUCGCUUCCCAAGCUUCCAUGAAUUCUGGGAUAACACCACCAGAUCCCCAUCUCACAACUACGCAAGACAGAUACCUUUUCCUGCUCUCAUGCUCGAUCAACUUGCAAGAUUCGGAGCUUCUGUUCCUGAUCCUGGUCAAGACUCUAAUUACACCACUUUUCAAUGGUAUUCAAACGUCUUCAACAUCGAUUUUAAAGACGCUGAACGCCUCUACUUUGUAGGACCACAAACCUGUGGUUCUCUGUUUGUAAGUCAGUCACAGCAUGACAUUGCCCGCAACUUCUGGGCUUCUGUACUUGGUGAUUUUACAAGACUCCACCUCGGUGCUAACCAACCUAACUUGACAAACUUCAAACAAGUUUUAGGUUUUGCUACCCAAAAUGGAACCGAUCAAAUUGCAUGGUUCCCAAAAGUAGCCAUUGUCAUGGAAAAGUACAGUCGCUACUUCAAAGAGUCUGUUCCUCUAAAGUCCAUCAUCACCGCCGGAAUCGGCUCCACAUCUGUCCGUGGCCGCCCAAAACAAUCCGCAGCCGUGUCACGGUGGCUUUACCCGCCUGAUAACCAAAUCACUCCUUUUACCUCUACUCGAUUCCAACCACUGCGACCUAUUCCGAAUGAUUUAGAUGUUACUUUCUCUCAUGCCCACCAUGAGAUUGAAGAACUAGCGGAACGAUAUGCCAUCAUCUCUUUUACGAAUAUCAAUUGGUCCAAAAUUAACAACGACAAUGACAAAUUUUUCAACAUUGAAGAGAACGCCCUUUACACUGGAGAUUAUUGGAAGAUGUUUCCUCACCGAACCGGCUCUUUUUCAGCCUGUUCAAUCUCUUCUCUUUAUGCUAAUGUCGUUGCUUCCAAAUAUCACGUUAACUAUCUUUAG